AUGUUCAUCGUCGUGCUAUCUCACUACCAGAAAAUGACCAUAGACUACUUGUUGACAUCGCCUUCCUCGCUGAGAUUCUCCGAUUUCAUCUCUCCGUUUUCGCAGGAGACCGACCACAAAUGGCUUCGCUUCUCACCGAAACCCAGCGGCGCGAUGAGGACAGCGACGAGGAUUACCUGCGGUCCGAUUUCGUCAAGGAGGAAAUUUGCUGAGAGAGAGAGCGCGGAGAGAGAGAACAGAGUGCUCGUACGGAGUUUGAUGUCGAGGAUCAGUGACAGAGAGCCAUUGGUGAAGACACUUGACAAGUACGUGAAGGUCGUAAGAUGUGAGCAUUGUUUUCUACUCUUUGAAGAGCUUGGCAAGAGUGAUAAGUGGCUCCAAUGCCUCGAGGUGUUCAGAUGGAUGCAGAAACAGCGUUGGUACAUCGCAGAUAAUGGAGUGUACUCGAAGUUGAUAUCCGUGAUGGGGAAAAAAGGUCAAACCCGGAUGGCUAUGUGGCUGUUCUCCGAGAUGAAAAACAGUGGUUGUCGUCCCGAUGCUUCUGUUUACAACGCCCUUAUAACGGCUCAUCUCCACACUCGGGACAAGGCAAAAGCUUUGGAGAAGGCCCGUGGAUACUUUGACAAAAUGAAAGGCAUGGAACGGUGUCAACCCAAUGUUGUGACUUACAACAUCCUGUUGAGAGCUUUUGCUCAGUCGGGAAAAGUAGACCAAGUCAAUGCUCUGUUCAAAGACUUGGAUAUAAGCGCAGUUUCUCCAGAUGUCUAUACCUUCAACGGUGUGAUGGAUGCGUAUGGGAAAAACGGGAUGAUCAAAGAAAUGGAAUCUGUGCUUACUCGGAUGAGGAGUAACGAGUGUAAGCCAGAUAUCAUCACGUUUAAUCUGCUUAUUGAUGCUUAUGGUAAGAAGCAAGAGUUUGAGAAGAUGGAGCAGACUUUCAAGAGUUUGAUGCGGUCCAAGGAGAAGCCGACUCUGUCUACUUUUAAUUCAAUGAUUAUAAACUACGGGAAAGCUCGUCUUAGAGAUAAGGCCGAAUGGGUUUUCAAGAAGAUGGAUGAUAUGAGCUACACGCCAAGUUUUAUCACUUAUGAGUGCAUGAUCAUGAUGUAUGGUUACUCUGGCUCUGUUUCCAGAGCAAGGGAAGUAUUUGAGGAGGUGGUUGAAUCGGAAACGGUGGUGAAGGGGUCAACACUCAAUGCCAUGCUUGAUGUUUAUUGUCUUAGUGGUCUUCACAUGGAAGCAGAUAAGCUAUUCCAUAACGCAAGUGCUUUUCGGGUUCAGCCAAAUGCAUCAACGUAUAAGCUUCUAUAUAAGGCGUAUACUAAGGCAGAUAUGAAGGAGAAUGUGCAGAUGCUGAUAAAGAAAAUGGAGAAAGAUGGAAUUGUACCUAGCAAGAGAUUCUUCUUGGAAGCCCUUGAAGUUUUUGGGUCGAAACUACCUGGUUCGGAUUCAGAAAACAGGAAAUCAACUGGUUCUGGCAGGUCACAAGACAGUGCUAAGGACUUGGUGGAAAGAAAUUGA